AUGCUGAAAGGAACGAGGCAUCACAAUCUUAUUAACAAUUUGGACGACAGGAUACUAUUAACGCUAACUAGGGAACGUAUCCAGUAUAUUGCUUUUUUCAGAAAUUCGCAUCCGGACGAUACUACUCCGCGUAUUCCCUUCAUCACGUACGGGGGAGUCGAGAAAAUUCCGGCGAGCAAACCUACAUUUAACAACGGAAUAUCAUCGCGAGCUGGUCAUCGAUCGCUGAUCGUGGAAUCCCUCGAGACCUUUUCUUUAUUUCUAUUUAUCGCUUAUCCUUCGUCCUUAAUACAAUAUAGUUAUAAAGCAGUAUAUAGUUUAACGAUUGGCAACUCCAAAAUAAUCAUGAUCCUCUGUCCGUUUUCCAAGACCCUUACAUAUCAAAGAUCAACGAGCAUCAACGAACAUCAACGUAUUCUUAUAGAAUAUAAAUUCUCGUAUAUCUCCGGAAUGGCGACGGGAGGACAAGCGAGUAAUGUGAGCUAUAGUAGCGUCAGUCAGAGCAGUGACGGCGGCAUAUGCGCGCCCGGAAGUGCUCUUCCUAGCAGCGGUAUGUGACGACACACAACGGCCCGAACAGGGCCACGUCGAGAACGAGCGAUUCGAUUCCGUGAUGCGUGAGUAAAUCAAACGUGACUCGAAAAACGUUAACUUUCAACAAAAACUAAGAGAGUCUUUAUACGUGCGACUUGAACUCACCGCGCUUGAAAUAAUAUGGUAUAUCAAGAGAAAUCUCAUCUCGAAUACAGUGCUCCAAUGUGCUCCAAGACUACGAUUUAUCAUCACCGAGACGCUCCUGCGGCAGAAAGGAAAAACAUUGUUAGCGAUGUAACAAUAACAACUCCACGAAUGAAUAUAGAUCGCGAAAUAUGUAGGAAGCGUGUACUUAACAUGGAUUUUUCGUAACUGCUGCUUUCAUAUCAUCACGAUUAAAAUAAAUUGUUGGACUUUCGCUCGCGUAAUCACACUAAUGAGCAAAUUAAUGCCUUGCGAAUAUACAUACAUACGUAUAUAUACAGUCACCACACGAGCUCUUGAGGAAAAGCUGGUGUAAAAAGCAGCGUGGGGUAAAAUCCGACUACGAUUACGACUUGGUCAGCUCUGGGCACAAUGCGUCGCAAGAGACCGAACUUAUAAAUCUUCUAUUUGUGUUAGAAAGAUCUUCCAGGAAAAAUGUCCUUACAUGUGCAAUUUUACAACA